CACGUUCCUGCCAGCAACGUUUCAUCUCCGGUUCAGUCACUCUCGCACGUUCUGCGAAAGGAAUAACAUCCCUCUCUAGGACGAUUUGGCAGAAUAAUUAAAAUUUAAACAAUCUCUCUGCAACUGUAAUCAUCUCACGGCGUAUCUUUGCAGUAAGUACAGACUACAUUAUAUAGUCUCAUUUCAGUUCUCAUAAGCUGAUAAUAUUAACAUAAUGAAAAAUGGAAAAUUUUCUUGUCCAUCAUCAAGAUUCAAAGGAAGGACAUGUUUGUUGGAUCAACCAGAUUUAGAAGAACUCAGAGAUCUUUUGGACCAAAAGUUGAGAGGAAGCUUCAGAGAUUUUAGGGUCAAUGUAGUUAGGUGUCCUGAUCUGACAGCUCAUCCUUAUUCUCUCGCCUCACAAGGACUGUGUGGCCACCCGGAAGUAAUACAAGUCGGUAAUUUCGAACAUAUGCAUGACCCGCAUAUAGAAAUAUUACCAUGGCAUAUCUCAGAUCUCAUUGAUAACUGCUGUGAGGGAAGAGCUUCCUUCAUCAUAGGAGAAGGCCUGCUUCGCGAUAUAUUUACAACUAAAGAACUUAUGAUGAAUAUGACGUAUGCGCGGAAACGUGUACUCGACAACAACAGUUAUGGUAUUUCUGUAAAUGAUAAGAGGAUCGUGUCGAAACGUCUUCCCGAUUCCUAUCCUGCUGUUUUCGAUCUCUAUGGCAACUUUCUCGUUUGCGGCGGUUUACAGAAAAAUGUCCUCGAAGUGCGCGCCAAAAAGAUUGAUUCUGAUGUGAAUAUCUUGCAACUGAUACGGAAUGCACUUUGCCAAAGAUAUCAUAAUUCCAAUGUCGGCUUGACCGGCGUGCUUCUCAUAAACAAAGGUUCGAUAGAAGCAGCCGUUGUGCCACCCGCUUUUAUGCCUACUUCGUUGAGAAGAAUUAACGAAACUGAGGAUUUCUCCCUUAUUAGAUAUAAUAUUCCAGCACCUCUUGCAGUUCACACUACAAUGUUCAACUUUAACGAAUUUGACCCACUGCCAGAUGACGAAAUGACAUAUGUAGUUAACGAGUACAGUAAUCAGAUUAUACCGAAAGACGAACGGAUGGGUGGUAGCUAUCGUAAAGAUAUCACACCACAUGCAAUGGAAUUUGUAGGCUACUUUAAUGUGCUGAACAAGUUGCAUCGUGUUCAUCGUGUGUAAUAUAAACUCAAACCCGGCACAGACUAACUCCUGUUUCCAUAUUCUAAGCAACAUGACCGAUAUCACGCCUUUAUAACAUAUAAUUGUUAUAGAUAUAACUUAACGCGAAGCAAUGUUUAUUGCUUUUACCUAAACCAUUGUAAUUCAAAAGUAAGCGUUAAUAAUAUAAACGUAAAUUUCUUUAUUUUAAUACAAAAUUUAUAUUCUUCAAGCUUAUAAUUUUGUAUUAGUAGCAAAAUUUUGAUUAUUAUAUAUAGCAUUGUUUAAAAGAAAAUAAAGUAGGUAUAUUCCUAACAAUAUAGAGUAAAUUUCUAUUAAUGUAAACGAAUUGAAAAGAAGUAUACAUUUAUCAAAUCACA